GCUAUCAGUAUUGAAUUCGCUUUCCUAACAACCGGACGUUCUGCAAUACAAGAGUUAAUAGUACGGAUAUAUUUGUCGCGUGUGGUCUGCUCUCGUAUAAUAAGUUCUUCAUGCACAUGCAACCAAUAGUGUAACGCAAAUUUUAUGUAGAUAUAGCCGUCGUAAUUUAAUGUGGAUAUUCAGAAAUCGGAGUCUUGCAAUUGGAACAGAAUAAAAAUAAAAAUUCCAAGUUACCGACAAUCUAGUCGUUUAAGCGCAAUUUAUAAGCAACACACACAAUAGAUUUUCUCAAGUGUGCCAUCGCGAUGGCUGCUCCAGCAGCCUGUACGCGUUUCUCCGAUAACUAUGAUAUAAAGGAAGAACUUGGAAAAGGCGCCUUUUCGAUAGUUAAACGAUGUGUCCAAAAGUCAACAGGAUUUGAGUUUGCUGCAAAGAUUAUCAAUACUAAGAAACUUACAGCAAGAGAUUUUCAGAAAUUGGAAAGGGAGGCUCGCAUAUGCCGAAAAUUGCACCAUCCUAACAUUGUUCGAUUACAUGACAGCAUACAGGAGGAGAACUAUCAUUAUCUCGUUUUUGAUCUUGUAACUGGUGGUGAGCUAUUCGAAGAUAUUGUUGCACGUGAAUUUUAUUCAGAGGCUGAUGCAUCACAUUGUAUUCAACAAAUAUUGGAAUCGGUUAAUCACUGCCACCAGAAUGGUGUGGUGCAUCGAGAUCUCAAGCCAGAGAAUUUACUAUUAGCUAGUAAGGCAAAGGGUGCAGCUGUGAAACUCGCUGACUUUGGUCUAGCCAUUGAAGUACAAGGCGAUCAUCAGGCAUGGUUUGGAUUUGCGGGUACUCCGGGUUAUCUAUCACCUGAAGUUUAAAAGGAGCCUUACGGCAAAUCGGUAGAUAUAUGGGCAUGUGGAGUCAUUCUUUACAUUUUGCUUGUGGGUUAUCCACCAUUUUGGGAUGAGGAUCAACAUCGAUUGUACUCACAAAUUAAGGCUGGAGCCUAUGAUUAUCCAUCGCCAGAGUGGGAUACUGUAACACCAGAAGCUAAAAAUUUAAUCAAUCAAAUGCUUACUGUUAAUCCAAAUAAGAGAAUUACUGCAGCUGAAGCCUUGAAACAUCCGUGGAUAUGUCAAAGGGAACGCGUGGCUUCAGUAGUCCAUCGCCAAGAAACAGUUGAUUGUCAAAAAUUCAACGCGCGUCGUAAACUUAAGGGCGCUAUACUAACAACAAUGUUGGCCACUAGGAAUUUUUCAAGUAGAAGCAUGAUAACCAAGAAAGAUGGAUCACAAGUGAAGGAAUCAACUGAUUCAUCUAGCACAACUCUUGAAGACGACGACGUUAAAGCAGCCAGACGACAGGAAAUUAUCAAAAUCACAGAACAAUUGAUUGAGGCAAUCAACAGCGGUGACUUCGAUGGAUAUACUAAAAUAUGUGAUCCACAUCUAACGGCUUUCGAACCAGAGGCAUUAGGCAAUUUAGUCGAAGGAAUUGAUUUCCACAAAUUUUAUUUUGAAAAUGUUCUUGGUAAAAAUUGCAAGGCAAUAAACACUACAAUACUAAAUCCCCAUGUACAUCUGCUAGGAGAGGAAGCGGCUUGCAUUGCCUAUGUAAGGCUUACUCAAUAUAUUGACAAGCAAGGACAUGCACACACUCAUCAGUCGGAAGAGACACGCGUAUGGCAUCGACGUGAUAACAAAUGGCAAAAUGUCCACUUUCAUCGAAGUGCCUCAGGGAAGAUUAGUGGGGCAACGACUUUCGAUUUUUUACCACAGAAAUAGAUUCGUGGCCUAAAUGGAUUAUACGAUAAAAUUCAUUCGACACAAUGAUGAUGUUAUGAACUCUACACUACUUAAAAAUUGUACUGACAAAGGAUCGUCGUAGUGCACAGCUAUCAGCGUUUUGGAGUUAGUCCCUAAUAACACAAAAUAUAAAAAUAAAUAUAUAUAUUGGAGGGGCGAACAUUGUAAGUCAAUAUAAUAUAUUAUUUUUCCCCGGUCCGCGUGACCCUCCAAAUAAACGUGCGUUCCAUUUUCAGCAUGCAUAAGACAGAAAAAAUAAUAAAAUAUACAUACAAAUUUAUAAUUAAAAAAAAUGUCCAAGAAACAUUUGACAAUGAUCUUCAAAUGGGUAAUCACUACUAAUCUAGCACUUUAUGCAAAGCCCUAAUACAGUUUUUGACGUCGCACUCACAAACACAAAGUUACUCACACAGCCAAUCAUUCAUGUAUUUAUAGUUAAUAAAUAGCAGUAACAAAAACUUUCUUUUAAAAAAUCGAUCUCUAUAGUUCCAACUUUGCCUGCAAACAUAACAUAACCUAACAAAUUUACAUUAGUACGUUGUGAAUCUAAAGUUAAAUACUGAUAUAUGUGUGUGUGCACGUUCUUAUAUACAUACACACAUACAUAUACAUAUGAAUUUGUAAGUACUAAUAUGUAUAUUUCAAACUUAAGAAUUUCAUCAUAAUAUAAACAAAUACUUACAUGUUAUAUCCAUUUACGAUUUAAAUUCUAUAAAGUGCAUAUAGGAUAAUCAAAAACGAGUUAAAACAAGGAAACAACACACAGACACACACAAUAAUACAUUCAUUAAUGAUUCUAUUAUGAAUGACAUUUUGCUGACAUUAACUGGCGGCACCUACCUUAGUUAUUUAAGCGUAAUUAAAACAAACGCAUUUUCUGAUUUAACUAUGCAACUAAAUUAUAUGAAAAAGCAAAAAUGAUAAACAAAACAAAACAUGAUAAUGAGACCUAUAGCUAUUUGUUAACAAAACAAUCUAUAAAUAUUUAUAUUAACAAUUUAUUGGUAUGAAAAACAUAUUCAAAAAAAACAAAACAUACAAAUUAGUUAUCUUCAAUAAGGAAAAAGUUGCCCAAAUAACACAACAGAUUAUUUUGUAAUCCCACUCCCAUUCUAUGUCAUCGAUGUGGAUAUAAAUAAACAAGUAAAUUAUUAAAAAAAAUAUUGUGCGAAACAAAAAAAAAUCGAAUAAUAGUUAAAUUAAAAAUUUUAUUAUAAUUACAAUUAUUACAAAAUUAAUUAUUAUCAUCAUCGUUUAUUACAAAUUAAAGAAAAUUAAACUAGAAUAGCAGCAAUACGAAAAAACAAACAUCAUUUGAUGAAUUAUAACACUUCACUCACUCUUGUAAUUUUUUUAAUUUGUUUGUUUGCUUUUAUUUUUGUAGAUGAGUAGUCUAAGUUCCUUUAAUUACUGUGUAUAUCCAAUUAUGUAUUUAUUUUAUAAUAUGCGUGGAGUGUGAAUACAAGUCCAAAACCCCAAAGGCAUGUUACUUGUGCACCAAAUAAUAAAUACAAAGUUAUAGAAAUAUCACACGAAUUUACAACAGCAAAAUGCGUGAAAUUAAAAAACAGACGUUUUUAUUUGUAUAUGCUACAAAAUGAAUUUAAUUUAACUGCACAACUUCGUAAAUUCGGUCGGUAUGUAUAUGUAUGUAUGUGAAUUGAAGUGUUGUAUCUAUAUUUCAAUUUUAUGAAUUUAUUUAUAGUAUAUGCUGUAUCCUCAAUUAUGUUACUCAAAUAAUAUGCAUAGGAUACUUAAGGUCAUUUACUAUACAAUAAUUAUGAACAUACAUAAAUACGUAUUAAAAAUGUGUAUAUAAAUACUCUGGAAUGUCACAAUCUUUUAGUUUCAGGUAAUGUUACGUGUUAAUAUAAAAUUCUUAAUACCACUUAUGCAAAACAAAGGCAGGCAUACAUUUUAAAUUGGAAAAGGAUAUUCUUAACGCUUAACGCUCAACACUGUUAAGCUGUCGGGAAUACAUUUUUAAUAAAAACAAACUAAAAAUGAACAAAACCUAAAUACAAAUUACAAAUACAAAUGAACAAAAAUAAAAACAGAAUACAAAAAUAUUAAAAAUUUUCUAGUUAAUAAAAUGUUUUCUUAAUAAUAUCAAGCCCACAUAUGAGAUAUAUUUAUAAUUGUAAAAUUCAGCUUAAUUACAAAUAAUUAUUUCAAUUCGGCGGGCUGAGCAAAGAACAAUUGUUAAGAACAUAAAACAACAGGUUUGUUAAAAGCCAAACAAAAUUGAUGAUUGCCUACGAAUUCUUUUAUAAAUAAUUGCUGUAGUUGAUAUAUUUAAAGUAAUAUUUCUAAAAGUAUUUGCAAAUAACAUAAUGCCGCAGCUAAUGAUAGUUAAUUCUCAAAAUCAAUAUUUAAAACUCCAUUUAUAAUUUAAAAAAAAACAGAA